AUGGAGGAAAGGAACACUAGUGGAGAUUUCCUAAACAAGGAUUCCAACAUCUUAACCUGGGAGACUACCAUCACAGCACCAAAUGGAAGCACCUACUCUGGUUCUUCACAAUGGGAAAUCGUAAUCCAAGCCACAAUUUAUCUUUCCAUCAUCUUUGCCCUGGUUGGGAUGGCAGGAAAUGCCAUAGUGUUGUGGAUUCUGGGCUUCCGCAUGCACAGGAAUGCCUUCUCUGUCUACAUCCUCAACCUGGCUAUGGCUGACUUUCUCUUCCUGAGUUUUCAAUUUGUACGUUGCCUUUUUUUGGUCAUUUCCAUCUACACCUCUUGGUUUUCUAUUGCUGUGUCAAGAUUUGCUUAUGUUUCUGGCCUGAGCAUUCUCAGCGCCAUUAGUGUCGAGCGCUGCCUGUCUGUUUUGUGGCCCAUCUGGUAUCGCUGCCGACGCCCAAGGCACACAUCAGCUGUCACAUGUGCCUUGCUUUGGGCUCUGUCCCUGCUCUUGAGUCUCCUGCAUAGCGAGGCAUGUGGCUUUCUAUUCAAUAGUUUUUCACAUUUAUGGUGUCAGUCAUUAGAUUACCUCACAGCACUGUGGUUAUUUGUUUUAUUUGUGGUUCUCUGUGGGUCCAGCCUCACCCUGCUGGUAAGGAUCAUCUGUGGCUCACAGCGGAUCCCUGUGACCAGACUGUUUGUUAUUAUUAUACUCACUCUGCUUUUCUUCCUAAUCUUUGGUCUCCCCUUGGGGAUCUACUGGAUUUUUUACAUAUGGUUUUUGUAUUUGUAUAAUUUUAAAAGGCAUUACCUUUAUGUGACAAUAUUCCUAUCCUGUGUUAACAGCUGUGCCAACCCCAUCAUUUACUUCUUUGUUGGCUCCAUCAGGCAUGACAGGUUUCAGCAGAAGACUCUGAAAUUGCUUCUUCAGAGAGCUCUGCAGGACACUCCUGAGGAGGAAAAUGAUGGAGAGAGUGGCUCUUCAUGAGAGCCAGGAGAACUGUGAACAGUCUAG